AUGAAGCAUCUUCCUGAUGUUUGUCAGACGUUGGGCAAGUGGAGCAGUGUGUUCAUCCCCACUUUGAUUCACUGCAUCGGCAACCAGGACGAAGUCUGGGCCAUCAAAGACAAUUCCCUCAGUGCUACUCUGCAACUAAUUUGGGAUGCCGUUUACAAAGGUGUCCCAUACACAGUCACUACUGAUGGGCUUGUCAUUGCCGUGGCCCUUCAGCAGUUGUCAGAAUGGUGCAUUAGCACCACUGCCCUCGUUGUAUUUGCAACAUUCCUACGCUCACAGCCUGAUCUCAAGACUGAUGAAGACCGCCAGGAAUUUUCUGUGUGCCUACUUAUGAAGAGCGCGUUCUUGUAUGGGACAAUUAAGGAGGAUGGUAGUAAGCACAUGGAACCAUUUCAAUCUGACCUUAUCGUGCAGCUGCUUGCGCAACAUCACUGUGCUAUUUCUGGUGCUCUCGCCGUUGUGCCAGGAUUCACUACAUUGGGACACCCAAAGGGGGCGCUUGCCCUCGCCACUUCGGCGGCAGGUAUCUCCACCAUAUCUUUAUACAGUUAA